GGCUAGCUAAUCUCAUUUUUUUUGAGUAACCAUACAUAGUCAAUUAGUGAAUUGGCCGGCAAGUACAAUGUAUUGGUUGUUAUUCUUCCUAGCAGCAAUGGCCAUGGGUGUUUCAUCGUCACCAAAUAAUAAUGGUGUUUUUGAAAUCUAUGACCGCUACUCGAGCGAAGUUGUCGAGGUCUUAGGCAAGGGCGGGUUGCCUAAGAAAGGAGGCUUGGAUUACAUUUCAUACAUGGCAGCCCGUGAUUCCCGGAGACGCCAAUCUUCUCCGGCCAUCACCUUUUCACCCGGAGAUGCCACCUUUCAGGUGCAGACGUUCGCAGAUUAUCAUUUUGUAAAAGUUUAUGUGGGAACGCCUCCUAUGUCGUUCAUGGUGGCAUUAGACACCGGGAGCUCAUUAUUUUGGCUCCCAUGCAAUUGCAACGUCUGUUCACGCCACUUCACUUUUCCUUCAACACAUCUGGUAUAUACUUCGUAUUUAUAUAAGUGCUUUACCUAUUAUUCUCUUCUAUUCGUACAUGUUAUUAUGGUACGUUAAUUGCAAAUAUAAUUUCUCUUUUAUCCUUUCAAUCAAAUUGUUCUUUUUGUACUUUGACAUCUGCCACGUACGUACAAUCUCUCGGCCUAGGAUAGACCAUAAAUUUCAAUUUUUACCAUCCGAAUAAUUCUUCCACAUAUACAAGUGUUGGUUGCGACAGUGGAAUAUGUCGGCGGCAAAAUUGUCCUUCAAAUAAGGGAUGCCCCUAUGAGGUCCUAUACUUGGAUGGAUCUUCGACUACAGGGGUGCUAGUAUCUGACGUCAUACACCUUGCAACUUAUGCUAAGCAACCUAAACAUUUUAGAGCAAAUGUUACAUUCGGGUACGUACCUAUACCUAUAUACUAGUUCCUUUCUCUUUUAAUUGCAACAUUAGACUUUUUGUAUUACUCACAUAUUCUAUUUUGACUAUAUUUUACUAAUUAAUGUAUUAUAAAUUAAAUUUUUUAAAAAUAUUGUUAAAUUCUUCUCAUUCUAAAUUUUCAAAAUAUGAAUUUUUUAAAUUUUUUACUAAUAAGGAAUGAAAGAUAUUAAUGGUCAAACUUGUGCGUUGACAAACGUUAAAUGUUGAUUGUUGCAAUUAAAAGGGAACGAAGGAAGUACGUAUUAUGAAAUAGGUACUCUAUUUCUUAAUACUUUGUUAUCUUUUACUUUUUUGACCAAGCAAGGUAAACUUUGAUCAAUAGUACUCUCUAUAUUUUUAUAUGAAAUGAUUUGUAAUAUAAUUGUUGAAGUACUUUCAUAAAAGAAUCAAAUUAUAUAAUUUUCAUAAAUUUAUACUCCGUAUUGAUCAAAAUUAUUAUUGAUCAAUAUUUGCCACCAUUAAUUUAAAAGGUCAAAUAUGAGAAAGUUAGAUAAUAAUGUUUGUUCAUUCAUUUUGUGGGGGUUAUUUGUGCAUAUGCAUAUGUGGAAAAUCCAAGCCCAAACUUGGAGUGAUGGUCCUGAUGGCUGCUUUGUUACUACACAUAUUUAUGCACGUCAUGACAAUGUUCCCUCCGAUUCAUAGCUUUGUCUUAUUUGGCAUUUUUGGUCAAAGUAUUGAACUAAUUUUAACGAUGUUCAUAAUUAACAUACGGAGUAUUUAGGUAAAACCCUAAUUUUAAAAGAUAAAAUUUCGCAUCACUUUCAUGGUGAAUUUCGAGAAUGCAUGUUGAACGUCGGUUAACGUUCUAAAACGUAGGUGUAAAUAAAAGUAGGUGACUAACUCCGGUACCUUUUUAAAAAAUGGGGUAUCGUACCUAACAUUCAUUUGAUUGGACCACAUCACUUUAUCACUUUUAAUUUAGAUUUAUAUAAUUCAACUGCUACAUUCUCAUUUGUUCAUGUAGACAAAGGUAUGGUACCUUUUGGGUACCAUAGAAUCUACCAUAAAACUAUUGUGUUUUCAUCUUAAAAUGUACUCGACUACUCGUAAUUCAGUACUUGUUAUUGGCAGGAAAAACAAGAAAAUCAAAACACUGGUGAUCCAUCUUUUUGAAAAAUGUGUUGAGUUUUAGUCAUAUUUAAUUAUGUACCGUAAUUUUUCAAUGUUGUACUACCGCCGUCCCAUAUUAGUUGUCCACCUUCUAUUUGGUACGAUUAUUAAUAAAGUGGUUGAAAAGUAAAUGUUGUGGUUGAGAGUUGAGUAGAAUAAGAUGAAAUGAUAAGAAUCACAUAUUUCUUGCCAAAAAGGAAAUAAGACAUUCAUUUUGGGAUAACACAAAAAGGAAAGUAAGACAACCAAAAUGGAACGGAGGGAGUAGUAUUGAUUUCUUUAACUGCGCCUUGUGCAUAUAUAAUUAAAGGUGCGCGUCCAAGGUAAAAGGAUUAUUUGUGCGCUCUUCUGCCGUCAACGGGCUAUUGGGACUCGGGCCGGGUAAUGGGCCUGAAGAUAUGGAUGUGCUUAGCAUCCUUGCUUCUCAAGGGAUUAUUGGCAAUUCCUUCUCCCUUUGUUUCUCACCCAAUGGGAAGGGGAGAUUAAUUUUCGGGGACAAAGGAACUCGCAAUCAGAAGAGAACACCAUUAGAUCUAACAACAGAAAAUGAAGCUCACAAUGUUCUAAUCGAGGAUAUUGUUGUGAACCAAAAUGUCUUUAAACAUGUUGGUCUCACGGUAUUUUUUGACUCUGGUACAACAUUUACAGUCUUAAGUGAUCCAGCCUAUACUUUUAUUGCAGACAAUUUCAAUUCUCUAAUAAAGGAACCUCGCAAACAACCAUCUCCUCGUUAUUUUGAAUACUGCUAUGACUUGAGCCAAAAUCAAAGUUCUUAUUGGACUCCUACACUGAGUUUAAUAAUGAAGGGAGGACAAAAGUUUGAUGUGCUUUUUCCAACAUUCCACUUACAUCCGGUGUUUGCUCAGCUCUAUUUUCUUAGAAUUAUAUUCCUCAAAUGUUGUCUUCUGUUUAAAAAAAUAUAACUCUCAUCUUUUCCUUAUUUAAUUACCUUUUCAGGGUAACAGCCCUUUCUAUUGUUUAGCUAUUAUCAAGGAUGACAAUAUUAACAUAAUCGGACAGAAUUUCAUGACUGGCUACAAUACAGUGUUUGAUCGAGAAAAGCGUAUUAUGGGGUGGAAGCAAUCCAAAUGUAAAGGAAACCAGUUCAAUGUUACUACCUCUGCUUGGGAUGCACAAGCUUCAUCACUGCCUAUUAUUACCAGAGUGAUGGGAUUGUUAUUCUAUUACUUUUUGUGUACGUAGUAAGAAAUUGUUGUAAAAAGGAGUAAAGCAUACGGGAUGUACAUAAAUUGAAGUAUUAUUAUUUCAUUUAAUAUAAAUGAUUUAAUCUUAAUUU